UGCACGCUCAGCUUCUUGUAAAGAACUAAGGAAUAACUUGCACUGUACUAUGAUGUCCUUUCUUUAACAACUUCGUCUGCUGACAAAUCACUUCCGGAAAUACCUUCACAAGGAGACUGAUCGAACUACAGCAAGGAGGAUCGUCUGCGAAAUCACGUGCAGUGGAACUGUUAACAAUAGGAGGAGAAAUGAGCAUCAACAAGCAAAUCAAUGAAAGAUUUGAAUAAAAACUUGUAAAAAUUGUCCAGAUACUAAUAUAAAUGCAACAAGAACUUAACCCUGCUGGAAAAAUGUUAUUUUCACACGAACCGAUUCAAAUGCCAGAACAUCGGUUUAGUUGCGAUGUGUGUCAGAAAUCAUUUCAGUUUGAAUCUGCACUUUUACGUCACAUUCCGACUCACCUUGACAGGAAAUCUAGGCCCUACAAAUGCGAAUUUUGCGAUUUAUCUUUCGUCUGCAUGUGGAGACUGAAAGAACAUAGAAUUAAACACACGGGAGUUAUUUCACACGGUUGCAAAUUAUGCACAGAUACUUUCGGUGAUAAAAAUGACCUCGAUUUACACAUGAAAUUACAUGAAGGUGAAAAGAAAUACUUUUGUAAAAUAUGCAAUGCAAGAUUUAAGCAAAGAGAUGGUUUAAGAGUUCAUUUGAAAAUACAUUCUGGAGAAAAAAGAUAUGUCUGCGAUAUCUGCCAGAAAGCGUUCAUUUCUGCGUACGAGCUCAAACGGCAUAUGAACGUGCAUAUUCAAAGUAAAGGUGUAAUUUGUGACAUAUGUAACAAAAGAUUUUCGUGUAAAAAUGCGCUUAGCAUACAUAAAGUCAGACAUGCAUUAACGAAAGAUUACAUUUGCGAUCUGUGUGGGAAAUCAUUCAUUGCAAUCGAGGAUUUGAAAAGUCACAUAAACAAUCAUUACAAUAUUGAGCUCAUGUAUUCGUGCAGUGUAUGUGACAAGCAAUUCAAAACACAAAAGUAUUUAGAACAGCACAAAAAAGUGCACAAUGUAAACCGGAAACGAACGUAUAUUUGUGAUUUGUGCGGUAAAUCAUGUUUUACUAAUGCGCAACUGAAUGCGCAUGUCAACCGCCAUACCGUGAAAGCAGAGGUCGAAUGCAAAGUUUGCGGAAAGGUGUUUCAGUCAAUCGGUAAUCUAAAGUACCACAUGAAAAGGCAUUCGGACAAAAAAUUCUUGUGUGACGUGUGCAAUAAAGCUUUUCCGAAUAACAGUGAUCUGCAACGGCACAUGCGUAUUCACACCGGUGAAAAGCCUUACUCCUGUUCGAUUUGCAAUGCGGCGUUCAACUGUUACGCAAAUAUGCAUAGACACAAACGCUCUGUUCAUUCUGAGGGAAAAGUGUUUGAAUAA